UGGAGCACUGGGAAAGUAAACGCAGUUGUGCAGUGCAGUAACAUCGAUAGCAGACGUGGCGCAGGCGAUCAAGAGAACACGGUGAAACUCCCCCAAUAUUUCAGCUGGAACUAUUUCUCUCUGAUGGGGGAUUACGGAAUAGCUGUAUCCGCCAAUAUUGGAGGUUUAACGUCUUUAAAUAACAAGCAUAUUUUACCGAGCAAAGGUUUAUUUACAUCUGAUUCAUCGCCAACUCGUACCAUGCAAGAUGACAUUUUACUCGAAAAAUCGACCAGUAAACAGACUCAGCAACUUCAAGUGAAUUCUGAAAAUGGAACUGAUCAAAAUGGCGAGAACUAUGCUAAGAACGGAAAAAUUGACACUAAUGCGCAUUUGGAUGAUAGACGGCCUGAUUUACUCGGUAAUGUGAGUACAAGUUCCAUGAAUGCUGGCGAGGUCACUAACGGUACGACAACAGCUGUCAUCUCAAUGUCGUCUGCCGCUCCGGCAUUUUGGUCAAACGCAGCAACAGAUGACAGUUUCAUCCAAGGGUUUCCCUCAGUUAAUGGUACUGUUGCAUUCCAACAGUUUCCUCCUACUGCUAAUAACAUGUUUAACGCUGCACUGGCAUCCCAUAUGGGGAUGAACGUUCCCCCUCAGCAACAGCCACCCCCACGGAGGGCGAUAACAGCACAUCAUAACUUUCCACAACGACAGGGUAUGAUGAUGAAUAACAAUUCUAAAUCAUAUCCCAACUGGAGUAACGCCCCCCAACCAGCAUCAUGGUCACAACAAACACAAUCUUUCCCUGCGGGAUGGGCAAAUGUACCCCAGCAAAGAAGAUCUAUGCCCAGUAUGAAUCCAGUUCUUAAGAAACCCAGUAUUAACAACCAGUACCAUCGUGUCGGUCAGUCGACACCAUUGAUAUCACCGUCCAAGUUUCGUCGAAGUACAUCUUUCCCAGGACAGAUGCACCAGACUGCCCUGCUAAAACCUAACCUUGACUUGCAUAGCCUUGAUGACUCCCAAAGAGAUGCAGUACUAACUUACCAGGAUCGGAGUGGUUCAUAUGAUAGCAUGAGAUUCUCCUCAUUCGAGACCCAGCUUUUAGAUAUCAUGAGGUCUACUGGUGAUCCAAAUGAAGCCCUCAAAGGUAAACCUACAUUUGGUUUUGGAGAAGGACUAGAUGAGGAUGGCCUAGACCAGUCUGGGGGGUCAUUUCACGGGGGCUCGCAGGGCUCUCCUGGCUCCCAGGGGGAACGUAUAGAGAGGUUUUCAAGAAAAGUUUUCGUUGGGGGCCUGCCGCCUGACAUUGAUGAAGAGGAAAUUACUGCAGCUUUUAGAAGAUUUGGUGCACUGGUUGUUGACUGGCCCCAUAAGGCAGAGAGCAAGUCAUACUUUCCUCCAAAAGGUUACUGCUUUUUACUGUUCCAAGAUGAGAUGUCGGUCCAAGCUCUGAUUGAGUCCUGUAUUGUAGACGACGACAAAUUGUACUGGUGUGUUUCCAGCCCAACAAUGAAAGAUAAACCUGUUCAGAUCCGGCCAUGGAAUUUAAGUGAUUCUGACUUUGUGAUGGAUGGGUCUCAGCCACUUGACCCUAGGAAAACUAUUUUUGUGGGAGGGGUUCCUAGACCACUGAGAGCAGUGGAGCUGGCCAUGAUAAUGGACCGGUUAUAUGGUGGUGUAUGCUAUGCAGGGAUUGACACUGAUCCAGAACUGAAAUAUCCGAAGGGGGCAGGGCGAGUGGCGUUUUCUAAUCAACAGAGCUACAUUGCUGCUAUCAGUGCGAGAUUUGUCCAGCUCCAACAUGGCGAGAUAGAUAAAAGGGUGGAGGUUAAGCCGUACGUGCUGGACGACCAAAUGUGUGAUGAGUGCCAAGGUGCCAGAUGCGGAGGAAAGUUUGCACCGUUCUUCUGUGCAAACGUCACCUGCUUACAGUACUACUGUGAGCACUGUUGGGCCCAGAUCCACUCUCGGCCGGGAAGGGAAUUUCAUAAGCCACUAGUGAAAGAAGGCGCCGAUCGACCCAGAGCUGUACCGUUUCGAUGGUGUUAGGCCAUGGUCAGGAUGUUUUGGAGAAGAAUGAAGAGAUGCCUCAUUGAGGAAUGUUCCAAUUGGUGAAGCUAAUUUAUAAUAUUUAGAGGAAAGGGGAUGAAACAGAUUAGAUUUUGAAAUGUGGAGUAUUUAUGAGAUCAUUUGAUACAACAACAUUUAUAUAUUUAUCUGUAGAUAUUCUGUUAUCCAUAUUUUUUAUUUUAGUCAGAAUUUAGAGUUAAUAUAUUUAUUACAAAUAUUGUAUUGUGAUUUCGUCAGUGCUGCACUGCCACAGCAUUAUGUGGAUAUAGUUAUUUGAUAUUUAUGCAGUCUCCUUGCAAAACUGUGAUUGUCUCUGGCAAAUUGACAGGACCACAAGUGUUUACUUGAAGUCAUGAUCAAGGGGUAAUAAGCUUUGCCCUGAACUCCUAGCAGAGGUAUGGUUAUAGAUGUCUAGUGCUCUUAGUUAUAUUGUGUGUUGUCUGGUUCUGUACAGAACAGCAGUAUUGCCAAAAGCUGUUCAACUUGUGUUCACGACAACAUCACAACAUCAUCAAGUAUGUUGUAGAAUUUGCUCUUUUCAUCGGGUCGUAAGGUCUCUCUCAAUCUUUUACCAUGGUUUAUGGGAUUUCAAACUCUUUUUUUAUUUGCCUUGUAUCAUAUUUAUUCAAAUAUUGCUUAUUUAAUAGAAUAUAUUUUUAUUUGGAAAUUAUAUUUUGCCACUUUGCAGAUUGUCUGUGUAAAGAGUAAGAUACAUCUAUAAACAUACUUUUGCAGGUGGUUGAAAAACUGUCAGUUUCAACUGAUUUGCUGUUAGAAAGGUAUGCUGUGGUUACAAUUUUUGUAUGUUUUUGUGGACAACAUGUCCACACUGAUGUUGUUAGCACUAUACUUAUUAAUGACAACUUGUCUCACGCAGCCAGUCCAGACGCACAUGGGCAUGGCCAUCUGCAUAGAGAGGGGAGUAUGUUCUAGGGCUGGAGACAAUCUGUCAGAAAAUCACAGCCCCUGUUAAGCAGUCAGAGGUUUAGUCUGCCCUUCAGUAUAGGGGUGAGCAUCUUUAUAGAAAUUUUCCUACUAGAUGGGUGGUUGGCUUGGCUAAGCAUGAGGGGUUAGGGUGGUUGGCUUGGCUAACUAUGAGGGGUUAGAGUGGUUGGCUUGGCUAACCAUGAGGGGUUAGGAUGGUUGGCUUGGCUAACCAUGAGGGGUUAGGGUCGUUGACUUGGCUAACUAUGAGGGGUUAGGGUGGUUGGCUUGGCUAGCCAUGAGGGGUUAGGGAGGUUGGCUUGGCUAACCAUGAGGGGUUAGGGUGGUUGGCUUGGCUAACUAUGAGGGGUUAGGGUGGUUGGCUUGGCUAACUAUGAGGGGUUAGACUACUCAUUCUGAGAGUAUGCUUACAUCUGUAUAUAGUAU